AUGAGGCACAAUGCAAGUAUGCCACAACAGAAAAGGAGCUUCUUGCUAUUGUCUUUGCAUUUGAAAAUUUCGAUCAUACUUGGUGGGAUCAAAGUUAUAGUUCAUUCUGAUCAUGCAGCAUUAAGGUAUCUCUUAUCCAAGAAAGAUGCCAAGCCAAGAUUGUUGAGAUGGAUACUACUAUUGCAAGAAUUUGAUCUUGAGAUCAAGGAUAGAAGAGGAGCAGAUAAUGGAGUAGCUGAUCAUCUUUCAAGGAUGAGAGUUGAAGAAAAUCUACCCUUGAUGAUAGGCUACCUGAAGAAUCAGUUUAUGCAGCUGAAGCUAGCAAUAAGCAUGGACAACUAG